AUGUGGCCUUCUUCUGGCGGCCAAUAUGUAUGGGCCGCAAACCUAGCGCCACCAUCUUACUCAAGAAUAUUUGUAUGUCAAUCCUCCCACUGGACGAGCAUUUUUUUGUAAGCUAACACUCUUGAAGAGUUGGUUCACUGCCUGGGCUGGUUUGGCGGGCUUAUGGAUAGGAACUUUGUCAUGUGCAAUGGGAGUUGCUGUUCAAAUACAAAGUUAUGCGGUCGUCUCUACGGACUAUGAGCCAAAGACAUGGCAUACAUUUAUGGUAAGAUAAUUCUUCCAACUAUCUUCACAACAAUCUAACUGGAAUACUAGAUUUGCGCUGCUUGUUGCUUCGUCUGGAUUCUUAUAAAUGUGUUUGCCGUCAACGCAUUGCAUCAUUUGAAUACUUGGUGUGAGUACGGAUCUUUGGGAGUCUCUAAAUUUCAAUCUCCCCUACAUACUUCGAUCGACGCCUUGGCUUACUUUUCUUCAGUAUUGGUUUGGCACGUUGCUGGAUAUAUUAUUGUUAUCGCAGUCCUUGCAGCCUGCACACCAACAAAACAUGACGCACAAUUUGUAUUCACCAAUUUCACGAACCUCACUGGCUGGGACAACGAUUUCGUAUCCUGGUCUGUCAGCUUGCUUGCAGCUCUGUAUGCAUUCUUUUCGCUGGAUUCUACUAGCCACUUUAGUGAGGAGAUUGAGAAGGCAAACAUCAUGGUCCCCCGAGCAAGUAAGUCUGCCUCGACUGAUAUUCUUCUGAUGUAUCAUGAUCUGACCCGUAGAAGUGGCACUUCAAGCCGUCAGCAGCGCUCUUAUGACAUUGCCAUUCAUCAUCGCGGUCCUAUUUUGCAUUGGGGACAUUGAUGCUGUCCUUGCGUCUCCCAUCGGACUUAUGAGCCCUUUCACACAGAUUCUGAUCAACAGUACCAACAGCAUUCCAGCAGGUAUCAUCCUCAACAUGAUCGGUACUACUGUUGCUUGGUUAGCCGGUUGUGAUCUCACAGGCGCGACCUCCAGAGCGAUCUGGUCGAUGGCCCGUGACAAGGCAAUCCCCGAAUAUUUUGCUCAUCUCCACCCGACAUUGAAUGUCCCCAUCCGGGCCAUGCUAUUGCCUAUUGUUCCAUCUUUACUGGUUUACAUGAUCUACAUUUGGAACACCACGGCAUUUUACGGCAUCAUGGCGGGUGUACUGGUGGCCUUCCAGCUGUCAUAUGUUGUACCUAUCGGCCUCUACAUCUUCUACUGGGCCUGGAAAAAGGACACCGUUAAAGGCCCUUUUAAUUUGGGCAAGGCUUCUUUCUUUUGCCACGUCUUGGCCUUCUUUUUUGGUUGUUUCAUGUUUCUUUUCAUGUCAUUCCCCGUUUAUCAGCCAGUCACAGCACAAAACAUGUAAGUGCCAGUCCUACCUUUUAUGCUUCUUACUUUCUCUAACCAGAUUCCAGGAACUAUGCUUCUGUCUUGGUUGGUGGAGUUCUCGUUAUAUCUUUGAUUUCCUGGUUCGGUUACGGACGCAAGCACUAUCAAGGGCCGAUGGCAAUUGUCGGUAUUGAGGGACAGCUUGAUCCAAGUGGUUCUGAAGUUUGA